AUGGAGUACGGCGUCGCCUCUCACGGCGCCGUCCUCGCCGCCGCGCCGCUCGUCGCACGGCCGACCUGGCUCCUCCUCUCGCCGCCGCCACCGGCGUCCUCUAUUCAGAUUCAGAAUCGUCUUUAUUCGAUCUCGUCACUUCCACUAAAGGCUGGACCUGUGAGGGCAUGCAGAGCUUCUUUAGCCAGCAGCUACACGCAAACAUCUGAAACUGUUGAUUUGGACUGGGAGAACCUGGGUUUUGGGAUUGUGCAAACUGAUUAUAUGUAUAUUGCUAAGUGCGGGACAGAUGGGAACUUUUCUGAGGGUGAAAUGGUGCCUUUUGGACCUAUAGCGCUGAGUCCAUCUUCUGGAGUCCUGAAUUAUGGACAGGGAUUGUUUGAGGCCCUAAAGGCGUAUAGGAAAACUGAUGGAUCCAUCCUAUUAUUUCGCCCAGAGGAAAAUGCUCAGAGGAUGCAAACAGGUGCUGAGAGGAUGUGCAUGCCUGCACCUUCUGUUGAGCAGUUUAUUGAUGCAGUAAAACAAAUCGUUCUAGCAAAUAAGAGAUGGAUUCCUCCUACUGGUAAAGGUUCUUUGUAUAUUAGACCCUUACUUAUGGGAAGUGGGACUGUUCUUGGUCUUGCACCUGCUCCUGAGUAUACAUUCAUUAUAUUUGUCUCUCCUGUUGGGAACUACUUUAAGGAAGGUUUAGCACCGAUAAAUUUGAUAGUUGAAGACAAGUUCCAUCGUGCUACUCCUGGUGGUACUGGAGGUGUGAAGACCAUAGGAAAUUAUGCUUCGGUGUUGAUGGCACAGAAAAUUGCAAAGGAAAAGGGCUAUUCUGAUGUCCUCUACUUGGACGCUGUUCACAAGAAGUACCUUGAAGAAGUUUCUUCAUGCAAUAUUUUUGUUGUCAAGGGCAAUGUUAUUUCUACCCCAGCAGUAAAAGGAACAAUAUUACCUGGUAUCACAAGGAAAAGUAUAAUUGAUGUUGCUUUGAGUAAGGGCUUCCAGGUUGAGGAGCGGCUUGUUUCAGUGGAUGAACUGCUUGAUGCUGACGAAGUAUUCUGCACAGGAACCGCUGUUGUCGUGUCUCCUGUUGGGAGUAUUACAUAUCAAGGGAAAAGGUGA